CCGUGCACAGCAAAUACGAAUUGCCGGCGGAAUAGUUGGAUAACACGAAUUCCGAAUUGCACAAGUCUAGCACGAUAUCUCCCUUAUCUUACUAUUGCCGUCUGUCAUAUAAUGGAGGUGUCAUGCUGCUCUGUCCUGUAGUGAAACCAUGGACGCCAUUGAUUUGAGCCAUCAUUUGAGCCCUACUGCGGCAGCUAGGACGCCAAAUCCCCUGAAAAGUCUUAUGAAGUACAUGUCCGUCGAUGGCAUGGUCAGUUUAGCUGGAGGCCUCCCACAUCCGUCUCUCUUUCCUUUCGUCAAUAUCGAAGCCGAGGUGUAUUCUCCCGGAAUCUAUACAUCCGAGUCAGACUCGGAGCUUUUACGUUUCAAUGUUCACAAGAAUGGCAGGGCCAAUGGGCAGGUCGUGGAUUUGGCCACUGGCUUGCAAUACGCACCCACUGCUGGUUUCCCAUGGCUGCUCCAAUAUGUCCAGGACUUUGUAAGCGUUGUCUACCAACCGGCGUAUAAAAACUACGAUGUCUUAAUGAACGAUGGGAGCACGGAUGGUUGGAGCAAAGUCGUCAACCUUCUCUGUGAGCCUGGCAACCACAUCUUCCUCGAAAAGUAUACGUUUCCUUCUACUCAGGCAAUGUGGGUACCGAUGGGAUGCAAGGGUGUUCCACUCGAGAUGGAUGCCAAUGGAAUACGUGCUGAUGUGCUGGAAAAUACUCUCCGGGAAUGGGAUAACACCCAUCCCGGUGUGAAACGACCACACGUUCUAUACGUGAUUCCCACGGGGCAGAACCCUACCGGGUGCACUAUGCCCAUCGCUCGUAAACAGGAAAUCUACGAUAUCUGUGUAAAAUACGACGUCAUCAUCGUGGAAGACGAUCCUUACUACACCCUCCAAUUCGAUACCUACAAGCUUCCAAGUACCGCCAAUGGUCAUGCGGCACCUCCCCUUCCCUACGACGAAGCGGUAUUCCUGGAUUCGUUCGUCAAAACCUUUCUGAGCAUCGACGUCCAGGGACGCGUUAUCCGUCUCGACACCUUCAGUAAAACGAUGGCUCCGGGGAACCGUCUCGGAUGGUUUACCUGUAACCCUCUCUUCGCUGAACGGAUCAUUCGCGCAACCGAAGUAACAACUCAAACACCCUCGGGCUGGUCGCAGUCCAUCAUCUCUGAACUCUUACACGCGUGGGGUCCCGGCCUCAGCGGGUAUCUUCGUUGGUUGUCGGGAUUGCAGAGCCAGUACGAGAUUCGGCGAAAUUGGAUGUGCGAUGCUCUUGCAAAGGAAUUCGACGCGGAACAGAAGGGCGACGAGGUGAUCAUGUAUGCCAAAGGGACAAAGGUGAAGAUACUCAGUGUUGUUCCACCGCGGGCUGGGAUGUUUUUGUGGUGCAAGGUUCAUUUGAGUGAGAACAAGGAAUAUGCGGAUCUCAAGGGCGCGUCUGAGGAUCUUGAGACGUUCUUCGAGCAGAAGCUCUGGCAAGAUUUUGUAGACGCGAAGGUUUUGAUUUCUCCAGGAAGGUUUUACGCAGCUUGGGAGGGUGAAAAGAAGCCGAGAAAUCCAGCUGAGCGCGACAUUGUCCAUUUCAGAUUAGCAUUUUCGAUGACGACUAAAGAGAAUGUGGAUCUCGCCAUUCGCAGACUUGCAAACGUCCUCCAUCGUGCAUGGGGCCUUGUAUAACAGUGGCGGUAGAUUCUCCGGGCCUUCAUUCCCUAUUAUGGGGCGGUACUGUAAUAAAAUGUAAUGAUCUCAUGCACGCUCCUUCGAAACAUCGCAUCUAGCGAUGGGAAAUGAUUGAGUACAUCAGUAGAGUAGGAAAUACUGUGCUCACCCAUAGCUGCCGCCAACGUUGCCUUCGGAAAAGUAAUUCUUAAAUAUUAAUAUCAACGAUAAUUGGAAAAUUCGGACA